AUGUGUACCAACGUUGAUAUACUUAUUUUUGGCGCCCAUCCUGAUGAUGUAGAGAUAGGUAUGGGUGGUACGAUCGCAAAACAUACAGCAGCAGGUGUGAAGAUAGGUGUUUGUGAUUUGACCACCGCUGAACUAUCAACGAACGGGACAGUUGAAUUACGUAAACAGGAGGCAGAAGAAGCGAGAAAAGCAUUAAAUAUAUCUUAUCGUAGUAACUUAGGAUUACCUGAUCGUGGUUUGGAGCGAACACAGACACAAAUUGCUGCAAUCACUGCUGAAAUUCGACGAACUAGGCCAAAAGUUGUAUUUGCACCCUAUUGGGAAGAUCGACAUCCUGAUCAUGUCACCUGUGGUAAACUAGUAGAAGAAGCUGUAUUUAAUGCAAAACUUGGACGCUAUAUGCCAGAAUUACCGCCGAUAGCAAUCGAUAAACUAUAUUAUUAUUUUAUUAAUGAUAUUGGCAAAGCGGAUUUACUUGUCAAUAUUACUGAAGUAUAUGAGAAAAAGUUACAAGCACUAUCUUGUUACCGUUCACAGUUUGUAAAAGAAUUCAAUAAUGAAUCAAUAGUUACACCUCUGAAUAAUAAAUAUAUUGAAUAUGUCAAAAGUCGUGAUUCACUUAUUGGACAUCGUUAUUCAAUACCAUUUGCCGAAGGUUUUGCAAUUAAAACACCAUUUGUAAUUGAUUUUUUCAUACAAUAA